UGGUAUUAGUCUAUAAAUAUUGUCUGUGAAGAACGUUUUUUUCUUUAGCGGCGAAGUUCUUUGUUAACGUAAUUGUGUAAUUUGUUAACAUAUAUUUCAUUUUUAGUUUGGAAGAAUAUUAAGUUUUUAUAAAUACUUAGUAAAAUGGGUGACGAUAAUCAAUAUAAUGGGCAGAAUCAAGAUUACAGUGACUACAACGAUGGCCAGUAUGGACAAUAUCAGCAAGAAGGCAUGGAAACUGAUGGCGCCAUGCAAGGAGGAGACAGUCUAAUGGAUUCUGGUAAAGGAAGAUCUGAUGACGAUAGGAAACUUUUUGUUGGAGGAGUUAGUUGGGAUACCCAGACAAGUGAUUUAAAGGAUUAUUUUUCAAAGUAUGGUGAAGUAACCGAUGUGAAUAUCAAAACUGAUCCUAACACUGGGAAAUCCAGGGGGUUUGCCUUUGUCACUUUUGCCUCGCAGGAAUCUGUAGAUGCUGUAUUAAAAGAUACAACACACAGUGUAAAGGGGAAGCAGAUUGACCCAAAGAGAGCCAAGGCCAAGCCUGGAUUGAAGAAAAUCUUCGUUGGAGGGCUUGAUCCUGAUAUGCCAGAGAGUGAUAUCAGAGCUUAUUUUGAGCAGUAUGGCAAGGUUGAGACUAUUGAGCUACCAAUUGACAAGGUGAAGAAUCAAAGGAGACAGUUUGCUUUCAUAACUUUUGAGUCUGAAGAUGCUGUGAAGGAGAUAACUAAACAACCAAAGCAGAUGAUAGGAAGUAAGGAAUGUGAUGUGAAAAAGGCUGCACCUAAAUUAGAUCCACGCUCCACACGUGGAGGAUUUAUGGGAGGUUGGGGAGCCCCUAAUACUGUUGCAGAAAGGGGUCGUGGAAGAGGAGGAUAUCAGGCACCAAGCUGGGGUAGUCAGGGCUAUGGAGGAUAUAAUCAAGGUUAUGGCAGUUAUAAUCAAGGAUAUGGUAGUUAUGACUACAGUGGCUAUGGUGGUGACUAUAGUGGUGGAUAUGGAGGUUAUGACUACACUGGGUGGGGAUAUGGACAAAACUAUGAAAUGGGUUCUGUUACAGGUCAACAGGCCAGUGGCUAUGGAAAGACAAGGGGAGCUGGACGAGGUGGUGCCACCGCUACCACCUAUCACCCAUAUCGAUAAAUUUUUAUAAUGAAGUUUCUUUGUGCUACAGGAUCUUUCUUAUUUUGGCAUCAUAGUUUCAUGUGAACUUCAUCUUUGUGCAUGCUUCUCUCCUGAUGUACAUAGAUUGUGCUUAAUAAAAAUUUUAAUAGUAUUAGUGAUGCACAUGAGUGACUGUAUUGAAAACGCUCCAGUGUUCUAGUGGAGUACGUAUUUUCCUUAACAUCAAUUUCUAACAGUUGUGAGGCUUACAUUAUUUUUUUUACUUUAGAAAUGAGUUAAUUUUCGUGCAAAAUAUUACAUCUUAUUCAAAAAUAUGAACAGUCUUAAUCUACAUAAAUAAUGGGGAAGGUUUAAUGGGUACAUUUUAAAACUAUAAAAUGUUAAGCAACACUUUAUGGCAUUUUCUAUUAAAUGAGAGGAAAUUAACUGUUGUGAUUGAUAAAAAAAAAAGUCACCUGGCAUACUUUAAAGGAUUAUAGAUGGCACUCACUGCACAUCUUGUAUUACACAGGCGGUAAUCAUGACAAAUCUAUUUCAAUAUGCUAAAAAAGAUAUAAAUUUGUUUUUGUUUUGUUAGUUGUGGAUUUUAUUUUUCAGCGUAAAAAAUUUAAACUUUCCUUUAAAUAUUAUGCUGCCAGAGAAACCAUUGUGUUGUAGUAAAGGCUAUAUAUUGAAUGAAAACUAAAAUUGGUGAUCAGUGUUGUACAUGUUCUAUUAAAUAAGAAAAGUUGUGUUAUUAUUUUAAUUAGUGUGCUCUUCGAAGAUUGAUUUCGUACGUUGGUUGUCGCUUGGAAAAAGUAUAAAAUGUUUACAUUAUUUAGACAGUACCUCAGAAGUACCUGGAAAACUGAAUAAUCAAUUGAAGCUUUAAGCCUUAAAGAACUGUUUUAAGACCGGUUACGAAUUUUCUAAAAAAAGACUGCAUUAAAUAGUUUCCUCGGAGUAUCACCAACUCUUAAAUUCACGGUAGAAUUUAUAUGAAUUUAGCGAUUUUAACCGUAAGAUUUUUAUUGUGUGCGUACUGCUUUGCUAGUGUAUGUGUAGUUGUAUGCAAAAAAUAUCAACCAUAUUAUGACUGCCUAUUUGAAUGUUACUGAUGUCAACUUAAGAAUAAAAGGCUGUGUACUGUUAA